AUGGCUACAUUGCACGUUUUCGCUCCAGGGUGCAGCAAUUAUGAACAACACUUUCUGCUUGGCAAUCUUCCUUGCAUUAGUGUACUUUCAAAACCUUGCCUGGGAGUUCUCAGCGGAAACAAUUGCGAUCAUGCUGAUUCAGGCCUAGAAGACUGUGGAAGAUGCAAGCUUUCCAGCCAAUUUGGCAUUUCCACAGCAAAGGGCCGCAUUUCUGCAAAGGUGAUGAUCGCCUUGAGUUGUGUGUUCCGGCGAGUUCACAGACUCCUGGACGCGUGGGAGAUCUAG